AUGCUCACAUCACGAAGCCUUUUCUCGGGCAUUCUCAGCCUGAAUUGGGUCCUCUUCUUGUGGGAGACUUUUCUCGACUGGAGACAAUAUUGCGUUCAUCGAGAUACUGAGAAGAGGCCUGCAGCUGUGCAGGAAAUCAUCACUGAAGAGGCGUUUGCAAAAGCGCGCGCUUACAAAUUGGACAAACACCGCUUUGGAUUUUUCACCGGAAUUUUCGGCCAGUUACAAACAACAGUUGUUCUUCUCUAUGGUGUACUUCCUCUUCUUUGGGAGUUCUCUUCUCGUUAUCCACUGCCGACUGUCGCCUUCUUUAUGAGCUCAAUUCUUCUAGAUACGAUAGUCGGCCUGCCUUUCCAAUUGUAUGACACUUUCGUGAUCGAACAGUUACAUGGUUUCAACAAGCAAACGCUCGGAUUCUACUUCACGGAUCAAAUCAAGAAAUUAGGAUUAACUUUCGUCCUCGGAUCUCCUGUGCUUCUCGGAGUUGAAUGGAUCGUCGAUAAUGGAGGCCCAUAUUUCUUCGUCUACGUGUGGAUCUUCUUGUCGAUUGUCAUCUUUCUUCUUCUCACAAUCUAUCCAGAGUUUAUUGCUCCACUUUUUGACAAGUACAUUCCAUUGCCAGAAGGAGCUCUGAAGACGGACAUCGAAAAAUUGGCUGCCUCUUUACAUUAUCCACUCACUAAGCUAUACGUCGUUCAUGGAUCGAAACGUUCCGCUCACAGUAAUGCCUACAUGUAUGGUUUCUGGAAGAAUAAACGGAUUGUCCUCUACGAUACACUUUUGAGUGGUGAGGAGUUGGAGAAAGUUGUCAAGGAGUGCGGAGUUGACGAAGAAGAAUGCAAAAAGAUUCUUGCCGAAGACCGUGGAAUGACGUCGGAUGAAGUGGUUGCUGUUCUGGGGCACGAGCUUGGACAUUGGAAAUUUGGGCACACGAUGAUGAAUCUUAUCAUUGUUGAGUUGAAUCUUCUCUUCCAGCUUGCCGUGUUUGCUUACUUUUACAAAUGGGAUUUGUUGUAUACCGCUUUUGGCUUUAAGGAUCAACCAACUAUUGUCGGUCUUAUUCUCGUCUUCCAAUACGUGAUGGCGCUCUAUAAUCAGGUUAUUUCAACGGUUAUGAAUAUUUUGACACGAAAACUGGAGUUCCAAGCCGACGACUUUGCUGUGGAAUUGGGCUUUGGAAAGCAGUUAAUUAGUGCACUUACAAAGCUUGGCAAGGACAAUCUGUCGCUUCCAAUUGAUGAUUGGCUAUACUCGAUGUGCAAUCACUCCCAUCCACCAAUUCCCGAGCGAAGCGCGACCAUUCAGAAGGCGAUGAAGGAGCUGAAGAAAGAA